AUGUAAUACAGAUUAAAGAAUAUUGAAAAGAGUGGAGCAUAAAAAUUAAGUGCGUUGGAGAUUGCAACUUAAUUUGAGAAUGCAUUUUCAUAAAAAUUUGGUGAUAUUAAAUUAUUAAAGGUUGAUAUUAAUGAGCAAUAAGAAUCUAAUAUAACAACUGUUUAUGAAAAUAAGGAUCCAAAUUGUUUGUAUAAUAAAUUUUUAGAUGUUUAAUUUUUAAAAGAAAUACUUGUAGUGGAUGAAUUGGAAUAGGAUGAAGAAGAAGAUGUUAAUGAUGAGGAUUUUGAGAAUGGGGUUAUUUUGGAUUAUAAAUAUUAAUAAAUAAAAUCAGCAAUAGAUUGUUUUUUUGAAUUCUCAGGUGAUCUUGACUAAGUAAAAUAGAUGUCUUUAGAAAAUAAAUUUAAGUCAAUUAUAGAUAAUGCUGCAGGUAAGGAUUAAAAAGUAUAAAUAAAAUUAUUAAUUUAAUGUAAAGGGAGUUAAGUUUUACCUUUACAUUAAGAAAAGUUGUUUUUUAGUAAUUUUGAUAAGGAUCCUGCUUAUAUUGAUUUAAUUUCAAUGAAUCCUUUUAUUAAUAGUGAUAUUAAUAAUAUGAUGAAUUCAACUUUGAUAAAAGUUUAGAGUUUUUAAUUAGGAAUGCUUUAAUAUAAUUAAAAAUAGGAGAUGGAAUUUUAAUAGUUUUUUACUUCAACAAAAUUUUAAAAAUAAAUGCAUAUGCAUUAUUAAAUUUACAUAAAGGAAAGUAAAACACAUGAGAAAUAACUUUCAUUGAUAAUAGGAUUUAUGCAUUAAUUUUCAAUUAGAUUAGAUAUAGAUUUGACACUGUGUUAAUGUGUAUAUUAAGAGGGAUAAUCAAAUUAUUAUUUUAAAAUGCUUUCACCUCCUGUUUGCCAUGCAGUAUAUCAUGGAAGAUGGAAAUAUGAAAAUAAUUUAAUAAAAUCUUAAUUUGUAAAGGUUGAUAACAUUUUUUUAAAUCAUUUAGUUAGAUCUGAAAAGAUUACAGAAAUUUAAAGGUUAUUAUUUUUGAAUAAUACAAUAAUAUCAAUAAAAAUGGAUUAGAAUUGUGAUUAUCUGAAAUAUAAAAUAUAGAGCUUUCAUAAAAUAAAGAUUAUUGAAUAUCCUAUUAUUCAUGUAGAGUUAUAAAAUGAUAUAUCAUAUUAUCGAUUAAUGAAUAGCAAAUAUUUAAAUUUUUCAUUGAGAUACAAUAUACUUGCUGCAAUAAGUCAAAAUAAGUUCAACAUAUAAGAGCAUAUUUUGAAUUUAAUAAAGAUUUGUGAAUCUGAAUAUAAAAAGUAAGGUGAUAAACCAAUAUAGUUUAUAACUGGAAUAUUUGAAUAAGCAUUUAAUACAUUUUGUAAGAUUGCUUCGAAUCUUGGAAUAGUGGAUGAAAGAGAAAUGGACAAAAAGAAUAAAAAUCACUUACAUUAUUUUUAGAAAGUAUUGUAAAGAACAGAAAAAGAUUUGAUUGAUUAAUAUGAUCCAACAAUGAGAUUAGCUUAUACAAGAAGAGUAUCUAUGACUCCAUCAGGUUUAUUAUAUUUUAAUAAGUAACCUGAAGUAACAAGUGGCAUUCUUAGAUAACAUUAUAAUAUAGUUGAUUAUUUUUUAAGAGUGCAUUACGAAGAUGAAAAUUAAGAUAUAGUUUUAAAUAUUCCAUAUAUAACUUAGUCUUACUAUUAUAAUUUUAUGUUCCCAUAACUAAAAAUAUUAGGUUAAAAUUAUGAAUUAUUUACAUGGAGUUCAUCUUCGUUAAGAGCAGGUACAUGUUGGUUUGUAAAUUUUAAUGGAGCAGGAAAAUAGAGAAAUUAGAUUAUAUAAUCAAUAGGUAAUUUUACAAAUUUGAAACCAGAAGAAAUUGCUAAGAAUGCAGCAAGAUUAGGAUAGAAUCUUAGCACAAGUAUAGCUGUAGAUUUGAAUGGCCCAAUUAAUAUAUAAAUAGUAGAUGAUUUAUUAGAUUAGAAUAAAAAAUUAUAUACGGAUGGUAUAGGAAAGAUUUCUUAAGAUUUAAUUGAUUAAAUUAGAUUAAAAAUGAGAGUCAAUUCUAAAAUUAAAAUAUCAGCAAUUUAAAUUAGAUAUGAAGGAGCAAAAGGUUUAUUAGUUUUAGAUGAAACACUUGGAAAUAAAACAAUUAUACUUAGAAGAUCUAUGGUUAAAUAUAAUCCAGCUAAAGGAGGAUAUCCUAAUAAAAUUUAAAUCUUAGAUUUCAAUAAAUUUAGAGGAGGAUAUCUAAAUAGAUAAAUUAUAAUGCUAUUAUUAACAUUAAAUGUUAAAGAUAGUGCUUUUUAAGAACUUUAAGAUGGUAAUUAUUUUUAAUUAUUUAGAAUACCUAAAGAAAAUUGAAGAAUUAUAAAUGAAAGAUGCUUCUAUUUACAAAUAUUUUAGUGUAGAAUAUUGUGAUGAAUAAUUUGAUAUUCCUAAUAUAAUCGAUGCUUUAAGAGCAUAUAUAAAUGUUGGAAUGGAUAAUAAUAUAUUAUGUUAAGGUGUGAUAUCUAAAUUAAAAUAAAGAGGAUUGAUGUAGCUAAGAAAAAAAACAACAAUUCUUGUAGAAAAAGCUGCCAGAGUAUUAGGAAUAAUAGAUGAACAUCAAAUAUUAUAACCUAAUGAAAUUUAUUGUUUAGUUUAAGAUGAAAAUAAUGAAUAAUAAAUUGAACCUGAAAAUAUCUAAGGUGAAGUAUUAGUUACUAGAAAUCCUUGUUUACAUCCAGGAGAUAUUAAAAAACUUAAAGCACUUUCAACUUAAGAAAUCUUAUAACGUAAUCAUGGUAAAAAUCCAUAUUCUUAAUUAAUUAAUUGUUUAAUAUUUCCUGCAAAUGGAAAUUCACUUCCAUGUUAAAUUGCAGGAGGAGAUCUUGAUGGAGAUUUAUAUUUUAUUUGUUGGGAUAAUAGAUUACUACCUCCUCAACUUGUUAAACCUAUGAUUUAUGAUGAAAAAAAAAUUAAUUCGGUUAAUUCUAAAAAAAUGGAUUUUAAAGAUAAUAAUAAAAAGUUUCAUGAAAAUACUGAUAGAAAUUUUGAUUUGAAAAAUAUGUUUGAUUUUCUGUUUCUUUAUCUUAAUUCUGAAACUUUAGGAAUGAUUGAUAAUUCUCAUUUAGCUUAGGCUGAUAAAUCUGAAAAGAAGGCCAAUGAUCCUAAUUGCUUAGAAUUAGCUGAAUUACAUGCUGAAGCUGUUGAUUUUGUUAAAACUGGAAAAUAAGUCUUUUUAGAUCUUAAACUUCUUUCUAAAAGUAUAGUUUAUUUUAUUAUUUCUUAGUUUUUCCUGAUUAUAUGGAAAAAGAAUAAUCUGUAACCUAUGAAUCAUAAACUAUUAUUGGAAAAUUAUAUAGGUAAAUUGCACAUUUAGGAGAUAAAUCAGAUAAUAUUUUAGAUUUAGGUUUUCUUUAAUAAAAUUUACCUCCUAUUGAAUACAGAUUAUUGUAUAAUUUUGAUAAAUUAAUUCAAUAAUGUUAAAUAAUUAAAUAAAAUAUCAAAAUUACAAUUAAUUUAGGAGAAAAGAAAGAAUAAAUUGAAUAACAAAAAGAAAUUAAUGAAGAAUAAUUAAACUAAGAAAUAAUUGGAUUAAUUAAAAAUUACAUUAAUGAUAAUUAUAAAAGACAUUUAGAAUCUUCAAUAAAGUUAAUUUUUCAUAUCUUCGAAACUAUUUUUGGAAUAACUCAAACUUUUGCAGUAAAGAGUGAAUUUGAAAUCUACAGUGGAAAUUUUAGUAGUAUGUAAAAAGGUGAUGGAUUAUAUUAAAAGGUAAUUAAAUUUAUAAUUAAAUUAGAAAAAAUUGAAUGUUGAAAAAUACUAGAAACGAAUAAUUGCUCUAAUUAUUUAAUUACAUUAAGAAAUAGAACGUAAAUUAUAGACACUCUCUGAAAUUGAAAAAAUGUAACGAAUUUCUUUAAUCAAUUUCAUUUUAACAUAUUCUCCAAAUUCUCAUCCUUAUCCAACUUUCACAAUAUUGGGAGAGUUUAUUCAAUAAUUGAUUAAUUAAAUAAGUACUUUAGAAGAUUGGAAAAUUCUUGUGAAGAACUAUACAAUUUGGUAUAGGGGAGCUGGAUAAUAUCUUUUUUGGAAGGAUUUAAUAAAGAUAUUUAGGAAUGAUUUAGAAGAACUUAUUUGAUUAGGUUUACCAAAAGUUUAUGAC